AUGGCACCUGAUUUAUCGGGAGGAUUAGUAAACUCGGCCGCUAGUGCGAAGAGCAAGAACGCGAUGAAAAAAGGUCCAUGGACGACUUCCGAGGACAUGAUCCUCGUCGAGUACGUGAAGAAACACGGCGAAGGCAAUUGGAACGCGGUCCAAAGGAACUCGGGCCUCAUGAGGUGUGGCAAGAGCUGCCGGCUCAGGUGGGCCAACCACCUGAGGCCCAAUCUCAAGAAAGGCGCCUUCACUCCCGAGGAGGAGAAGCUUAUUGUCGAGCUUCAUGCGAAGAUCGGCAACAAGUGGGCCCGCAUGGCUGCUCAGCUCCCCGGAAGAACCGAUAACGAGAUCAAGAACUACUGGAACACGCGGCUCAAGCGACGCCAACGCGCCGGAUUACCUAUUUACCCUCACCGAGUUGUGCAAAAACCAUCGUCCCCUUCUUUAUCAUCUCAUCUACCCGUAAUUAAUCCGAACCCUCCAUUCUAUCACGACACGUAUAAUUCCCAACCGUUGUUUAAACCUGCAAAUAACGAGCUCGGUUUUUACGGUGGCAACACGGGCUUGGCCCUCUCGUUGACCGCCUCGAAUUCUUCUUUUCCGACGAGCCCGUUUUUCAAUCAAGGCCUUUCGGAUCCCCUGCCCGUGCCCUGUUUGGUUCCGUACAACAAUGACCGUGAUUUUGGUAAUUAUGAUGGGAUUGACACGGGGCGGGAUAUGAUGGGAUUAGGGCUGCCUUCAAUCCAAUCGCCGGUGAUAACUCCGGCAGCUUCGUCCAGCGACUUCGUGGUGGGGUCCACCUCGAACGACGAGGGGUUCGAGGCGGGCUGUCGAAGGAGCGGUUUGUUGGAGGAUUUGUUAGGGGAGUCGCGUGCUUUGGCGGGUUGUACCGAAAAAACCGAGGACCUUCUUGUUGGGAGUGCAACUGUGCUUGGGGAGGAAGGUGGUUUUGUUGGUUUUGGGCAUGGAAGUGGAACUUCUGAUAAUAGCUAUGAGGGUCGAAACUCCAAGGCUCCAGAAGAGGGAAAUAAUGCGAUGGACGAUGAAUUAUUAAACCUUCUCGAUAACUUCCCGCUAUCUGUUCCAAUCCCUGACUGGGACGACGCGCGUAGCAGUGGAUCUCCAAUGUUGACCGAUGGUACAACCGACUUGAUCAUAGAAAGUCAACACAAUGCCGCAAGGUACAACCCAGUUACAGCCUCGACAGGAAUAGCAAAUCAAGAUUGGAACUUUGGCUCGUGCCUCUGGAAUAACAUGCCCAGUAUUUACUAG